AUGCUUCCUUGCCAGCUCCUCAUCGCCCUCCUGGUCCCCCUCGGCGUUUCCGCCGUGCCUACCAAAGACGCCGUGCUGUUUUCCAACCUCAUGCCUCGCCAGGACGGAAAGGCCUGCGACGGUGGCAGUGCCAAAAUCUGCUGCCAGUCGGUCCAGGCCUGCAUGGAUGCUUGCCAUGACGAGAGGAAGCAGUUCGCGGCCUGCGACAACAAUGCCAACUGUAUUUGUCAAUGA